AUGGCUUACUCUCAGCUGGGAUACUCCUACUCCACCACACCACAGUUUCUGAUGACCUCCAGCUCUCUGGCCGGCUGCCUGGAGGCGGGAACUCCCCCGUCCCACUCGGUGCUGCGCUCCCCGGGUCACCAGCUCACCCCUGGAACUGGCAUCGGGGUCUACAGCGGCCCUUAUCCAAAGAGCCAAAGCUAUUACAACACCUGCGCCAGCGACGCUCUCUAUUCCAGAGGGCCACUAGAUUCCAAAGAAGGAGCUGCAUCUGUGCAUGUGGGGACAUCUCAGACUCCUGCCUACUAUCCAUAUGAAUACACGUUUGGACAAUAUCCUUAUGACAGAUAUGGGUAUUCCUGCUCAGACGGUGCUUCACGUCGCAAAAAUGCCACCCGAGAGACCACCAGCACCCUGAAGGCUUGGCUGCAGGAGCACCAGAAGAACCCCUACCCAACGAAGGGGGAGAAGAUAAUGCUUGCUAUCAUCACCAGGAUGACUCUGACACAGGUGUCUACAUGGUUUGCCAACGCACGCAGGAGACUGAAGAAGGAGAACAAGGUGACGUGGUCGCCGCGCGCUUGUAAAAGCUCUGAUGACCGAGGCUGUGAAGACGACAGCGACGAAGCCGAGAAGCCACCUAAGAGUGACAAAGACCUCCCCGAUCAGCAGUGUGCAGACCUACAGAGUGAUCUUGAGGACUUCGACCUGCUGGAGUCAGAUGCUUCUGACUGUGAACCAAAGGCACAGUUUUUACCUGAGGACAACGAAGCGAACCCGAACACAGACCUCCCACACGGGCAUCUCACACACAACUCAGACCCGCUGCACGGAAAAGAGAGACUGUCCCCGGACUGCCCCAAACUCACACCGGUCCACCACCAAAACAGCUCCUUCUAUCUCAAUCCAGACCUUCGAAACACAGACGCCAAGCCGAAAAUCUGGUCCAUUGCUCACACCGCCGUGUCCUUGGACACCAGCUUGCAGCCAGAAUACCCUCCUUGUAUGCUGUCAUCGGCCGGCUCGUCCUCACCCGGCUAUCCAACAAACAUGGCGCUCACCAAGGCAGACAGGCAACAGGAGUCACCGGUCGCUACACUCAGAGAAUGGGUGGACGGAGUUUUCCACGAUCCUCCUUUCCAACAGCCCAAACCGGCCGAGGUGUGGAAGGGCUUAAACGAUGCAGCGAUAGACAGCAGAACACCCGGACAAUCCUUUGAAAUUGUUCGGCCUACGUCAUCUUUGUAG